UCGGUUUGAGUUCCAACUCCACUCGUGGUACUAAAAGAUAGAAGGAAGGGGAAAAAAAAGGAAACAGGAGGUUAAAAGCUCACAAUAUCCUACAGCUCCACCAAGGCAUUGCCUAAUGGCCUGUGAAUCCUCGAAGAAGAAGAACCAACGGUGAUCAGGAUCAAUUCCCGCCCAUCCACAGCCAUCUUCAUCGCCAACCUCAAGAAUAAUGGGCAAGUCUGAAAGUUCCAAUCCGCCUCCGCCACCCUACGCCAAAGUACACCCCUCGAAUGACCCCGACGUCGAUCACAAUUCAUAUUCUCUCGAGAAAUUCAGGCUUUACGAAACCAGAGCGAGGUAUUAUCUGAUUGGGAGCGAUCGCUAUAAGAAGUUCUUUCGAGUGUUGAAGAUAGAUCGGUCGGAACCAUCCGAGCUCAAUAUUAGUGAAGACCCGGUAGUGUAUUCGCUGCAAGAAAUCAGGAACCUCCGUCAGCGAAUUGCUGAAGGAAAUCGUGCUACUGGGGGUUUAAACCCAGUGACAAAGGCUUUCGGUAUUGCAGGUUGCAUUAAAUGUCUGGAGUCAUAUUAUUUGAUUUUGGUUACCAAGCGUCGGCAAAUUGGAUGUAUUUGUGGUCAUGCAAUAUAUGGUAUAGAUGAAACCCAAUUGAUUACGAUUCCACACGUCUCAGUUCAGACUGAUGUAGCCCAUUCUAAAACUGAGAUAAGGUAUAAAAAACUUUUAUCCAGCGUUGAUUUGACAAAAGAUUUUUUCUAUAGCUAUACAUAUCCAAUAAUGCAAAGUUUGCAAAAGAAUGCUAUGUCAACUGCUGCAGAAGGAAUGCCAUAUGAUAACAUUUUUGUCUGGAAUGCUUAUUUGACCCAAGCAAUUCGAUCACGAUGCAAUAAUACUGCAUGGACUAUAGCAUUAGUUCAUGGGCAUUUCAAGCAGGUUAGGUUGUCAAUCUUUGGAAGAGACUUCACAGUCACUUUGAUUUCCCGGCGUUCUCGACAUUUUGCAGGGACACGCUGCGGUCUAGUUCUUGGAGUUUGGUCUUCGCUCUUGGUGCUAAGGAAGGCUUUUUUCCCUCGUGCGGAUGUUGGCUCUGGAUUUAGUUUGGUUUUCCAAGCUCAGUAUUACUUAAAAAGAGGAGUGAAUGAUCGCGGACGGGUUGCAAAUGAUGUUGAAACAGAGCAGAUUGUCCUUGAUGAAGAAGCUGGUUCAUGCAGGGGAAAAAUGAGUUCUGUUGUGCAGAUGCGCGGUUCAAUUCCUCUUUUCUGGUCUCAAGAAGCUUCUAAAUUUAGCCCCAAGCCUGAUAUUAUCUUACAACGAUAUGAUCCUACAUAUCAAGCUACAAAAUUGCAUUUCGAAGACCUUGCAAAGAGAUAUGGAAAUCCAAUUAUUGUUCUCAAUUUGAUUAAGACUGUUGAGAAAAGGCCUAGAGAAAUGAUGCUGAGGCGUGAAUUUGCAAGUGCGGUUGGGUAUCUGAACCAAAUUCUUUCGGAAGAAAAUCAUCUUCAAUUUAUCCACUGGGACUUCCAUAAAUUUGCUAAAAGCAAGGCUGCCAACGUUUUGGCUGUCUUGGGUGCUGUGGCAAGUCAAGCACUUGACUUGACUGGUUUUUACUACAGUGGUAAGCCCAGUGCUGUGAAGAAAAAAUCCAAUCAAAUCAGUCGAACAAACAAUUCAAGGGAUGGUUCUCUUAGAGAUUUGAGAGCUAGUUCAGGAGAACUUACAAGAAUUGGGAGCAAUAAUGAAGUGCCAAGUACUGUUGUUAAUCGAGAGAGAGAGGCUGCAUCCAAUCAGUAUGAGAAAACAAACAAUCAUAGUAGUGAAGCACCUCGCUUACAGAGUGGAGUUCUGCGUACAAACUGCAUUGAUUGUUUGGAUCGAACAAAUGUUGCACAAUAUGCCUAUGGUCUUGCAGCUUUAGGCCGCCAACUCCAUGCAAUGGGUUUGACAAAGAUGGCUAAAGUGGAUCCUGAUAGUAGCAUUGCUGCGGCUCUUAUGGAUAUGUAUCAGAGCAUGGGGGAUGCGCUUGCUCAACAAUAUGGUGGCUCUGCUGCUCACAACACUGUGUUUCCUGAAAGGCAGGGCAAAUGGAAAGCUACCACCCAAUCUAGAGAGUUUAUCAAAUCUAUCAAACGCUAUUAUAGCAAUACUUGCACUGAUGGUGAAAAACAAGAUGCAAUAAAUUUAUUUUUAGGUUAUUUUCAACCUCAAGAAGGCAAACCUGCUCUGUGGGAACUGGAUUCUGAUUACUACCUUCAUGUAUCAGGGCUUGGAGAUGAUCUUUUUCCAGAUAAGUGUUCAGAAGCUGUCUCAAAUUCUAUUGGAGGAGCAGCAAUAUCGCUUGAACCUAUUCCAGCAUGCAGAGAAGACUUUGCUAGGAUGAAGUUAACAUCAUUUGAUAAAUUGAUUGAACGAACUUGUGGUUCAAUAAAGAAUGUAAGGCUUUGGUGUGAACCUGAUCAGAAACCUGGAGGUAGUACAGGAAAUUCCAGCAUGGCACCUGAUGCAGCUGAAAUUCAACUUAAAAGCCCAAAUUGGCUGUUUGGUCAGAGGAAGUAUGAAGAAAGUAGCCCUGGUUCCAAAGAUGCUUCACAUGAAGCUGCAAUCUGUACAACUGAGGAUAACAAAAAAUUUGACGGUUUCUGUGAUCUAAACAGGCUUUCUUCUAGUGACAAUUUCAAUGAUGAGGAAAUCUUCCAAAGGUACCUUGCAAUGACAUCAGUUGAAGAAGCCAAUGGUUGGUAUGGUGGUACAUUACUUGGCGAUCAAGAUGAAAGCAGUGAGAUAUAUAAACACUAUUCUGAGUUAUGCGAGGGCCCUGCCACGAUGUCCUUCCAGAAUGAUCCUGAAAGGGAAAAGCACUAUGCUGAUCUUCUACGCAUGGGUGCGAUUGAUGUUAUAGAUGAUGCUUCUAUCGAAGAAGACAUGGAGGCAGCUUUGAAGGAGUAUGAUGAUAUUGGAGUGGAUCUUGGGAUCAUACCUUCAUCGUGCAAGUACUUUGCCGAAGAUCCUAGUUGGUUGACUAGAUGGAUCAUUGGAGAAGAGAAGCUGCAGAGGAUAUGAGUUGAAUGAACCCCCAUUUACAUUACCUAUUACUAACUGGUUUAUCACACUGAAUUGCUUGUCUACGUGUUCUAACAUUGCGAAUAAAGAUCAUCGGUUGUACUACACAGUACAUUCAAGCGAAAACCGAGAUAAAAUGUAAAAAUGUGCCUGUGUAUUUUUCAAGGAGGAUCAACUGUAGUCAUUUGCACAUCUCCAGAACCUGUUAUUAAAAAAGUAGUCAUCAGCUCACUCGUCUUCUGCAUU